UUCAGCAUGGAGGCGCAUAAUGGGGUCAUGCAUCCGCGCAAGAGGCGACGGAGAAGGAGGAGGCUCGAUCGGCCGGCCAUCUCGGCUCGACUGCUCCUAGACGACCGUGUGAAGGGUGAGGUGGGAGUGCUUUCUGAAGACCUUUUCGCGGACUUGUUUCCGGAAUAUAAGAAUGCGGACCCCAACAGCGCAUCUGACCGCGUCCACCACGUCGCGAUCACCCCGUGGUUCCCGACCUCUGUCGUUGCUUCUCAGGCCGUCUCAUGGACCAUCCUGCCUGUCCAACCCCCCAAGAUGACAGACGCCUCGGCGGCGCGACCGCAUUCCUCCCUGCAGGUUCCGGCGUCAUCGCUCGCGCUCCAAUCCUUCCUACAAACGCUGCAGGCCGUCUCUCCAAUCAAGACGCACAGGAGGGAUACUCCAAUCGAGAUUCGUAUAUUCGAUGCCGUCCCGGUAGGCCUAGAUACAGUCUAUAUCACUCUGGACACGGAGGCAUUGAGUAAAUUGGAUGAGGUCCACGCAAAAUUUGGCGGAGGCUUCGGGGUUGCUCGAGCUAAUGGCUCAAUAAAGGGGCCAAAAGACCGAUUCUUAAAGGUCAAUGGAACGGCCGGGAAAGGGAUGACUACGGUGCUGCAUGUUGCGCAAGAAAAAGCAUGGACAAAUGCUGUACGGGAUGCGCUUCGCUCUCCUACCAUCGUUCAUUCCGGGGAUCAUCUGCCACUGCCUUUGCCCGCCCAUCCCAUCACCCAUGUACCCCCUCCGCCCGCAAAGGUAACUGCGUGUGAGCCCGUAUCCCAAGGCCUACUUCUACCUAGUACAAGGAUUGUUGUGCUGCAGUCGCACCGCAGCUCCAAACCUGCACAAAUUCUCCCGCCGAUGAAACCUACCCCCAUACCGAACGGAUUCGGUGACGACGAUGAAGAAGAUACUUCAAAUGAACAAUUCUAUUCUGCCGCCGAGGAUCGGAGUUCUUCUCAAAACACAACCCCCCCUGAUGAUGAAUCGACCGACAACCUAGACUCGGAGCUGUCAGGGACCGACGGUGGGGAUCUGUCAGAUGACCCAGAAGAUGUUAUAUCUCUAAAUGCCCCUCUACUCCCCCCCCAAUCUUCAGGCGUCCUGUCUUCAUUCACCGCGGCGACCCCUCGCCCUGGACACUUCUAUACAAACGGUGUUGCAACACCUGGGUCUGUGUUCUCAAGCCUCACAGCUACAACCGCACGUGGCCCAUCGUCCAAAGGGAAGAUCUUCAAGUCUCAGGGCCUUUUCCACCCUGUUCCCGAUGAACUUGUUCACCCAAAACCAGGGAGCGAUGACGACGAAGAAGCCCGUGUCUUCGUUGACACAAAUACCCUGGUCAAAGUUGGAUGCUUUUCCGGCGACUGGGUGAAGAUUGAGGCGACGGCAGAACCAUCGCAGCACCCACUUUGGGGCCUGGGGGCCUUUGGAGCUGAACAUGAGGAUCAUUCUGAAUGGCGGCCCGCAAGAAUAUACGGCUUGCCCGAAAACAUGACCAAGAAGGUUGCACGAUACCCAGUUCACAAAUUAGCCAAUCAAGAUCGACGACCGAGCAUAUCAGGAUUUCCAGCAGCCAGCACUUUUUCACAAGCAUAUAUUUCUCCUAUCCUCCUCGUAAACCUAGGGAGCCCGUCCCAUCUCCGUAUCACGGCUUUGGCGGCCCAUCAUCCAACUCACGGGCCUAGAAGUGCUCUUCAUAAGCCACGAAUCACUAGCUCCUCUUUGCCUCCUUCCGCAAAAGAGGUCACUCUAUUGAAGCUUUCUACCCCACUCUCCUCUGAUCGUUUACUUCAACCAAGCUGUUUUGCAGCACUCAAAGACUACUUUGAACAGAAACGCCGCGUCGUGAAAACGGGAGAUCUUGUUGGCGUUUCAAUUGAUGAGUCUCUCGGCCGAGCAAUAUUUCAGACGACCACUGUAGAAGACGAUAUGGGGAGCGAUGAACUCUUGUCAAAAGCAAGGAAGCAUACCUUUGACGAUAGUUGGAACAUUGACGAACCGGAUACGAAAGUCGUGGCAUGGUUUAAAGUUGGAAGUGUUGUCGCACCGUCAUCAACUGAGUCACGCGACGGUGAGGAAUCCGAUCCCUGGGGUGGCGUUGUGUCUGUGGAUGCAGCUGGCACGAAAAUGGUCCAAGCCGGAAGUGAACAAAGCAAAGUACCCGCUUCAAUCAGCAGCACCUGGCAGUAUUAUUUGGGGGCCAAACGGCCUCCCGCUGUGACCAGCCAAAAGUUAACUGGUCCGGAUGAAUUACCUAAGCCUUAUAUUUCGUCUCUUCGCCGGCGUCUAAGAGAGCUCAUGUCUGCUGCUACAAGUCCGAGGGCUAUCCAUCUCGGCCUCCCACCCAUUGCGAUAUUAAUCACUUCCACUCAACGCGGCAUUGGAAAGAGCACUGUUGCUGCUCAAGCUAGUGAAGAUCUGGGACUGCACACCUUUCCCAUUGAUGCAUUUGACAUCCUCACCGAAGGGGGCGCAGGCGGCGGUGAUGUCAAGACAGAAGGCUUCUUGAAGGCGAGGGCAGAGCGUGGCUUGACGUGCGGUGCAGAAUAUACGGUCCUGCUCAUGAAGCAUGUCGACGCCCUGAAUGCAGAUCGUAUGAACAUGGCCCUAAAAGAGAUACUGGCAGAUUCACGGGUCUUAAUCGCAACAACAACUGAAGUUGAUAAGGUUCCCGAGGGUAUUCGAGGGCUCUUCACGCAUGAGAUCGAGAUGACAGCUCCUGACGAAGGUGAAAGAGAAGGCAUUUUGCGCACAAUCAUCGACAACGCAGGCAUUCGCUUAUCUCCAGACGUCGAUCUAGCUAAUAUCGCGGUUAAGACAGCAGCAUUGGUUGCGGGCGACUUGGUGGAUGUUGUCGAUCGUGCUGUCGUGGCAAAGCGAAACCGUGUAGAGGCUCUGGCUUCGUCUGCAUCACAAACAUCGUCUUCUGGUAUUGUCACCCCUAGAGACAUUGAGCUCGCAGGAGGAUACUUCAGUAAUAGUUUGAUGAAGGCGGAUUUUGAUGCCGCGGUCGAUGCGGCGCGAAAGAACUUCGCCGAUUCUAUUGGGGCACCCAAGAUUCCUAACGUCGGUUGGUCAGACGUUGGUGGUCUCACGCACGUCAAGGAUGCAGUUAUGGAGACCAUACAACUGCCACUCUCGCGGCCCGAACUCUUCGCUAAGGGCAUGAAGAAGCGAAGUGGUAUAUUGUUCUAUGGACCACCAGGAACCGGAAAGACACUGCUCGCAAAAGCUAUCGCCACCGAAUUCUCACUAAAUUUCUUCAGCGUCAAAGGGCCUGAGUUGCUCAACAUGUACAUUGGUGAAUCAGAAGCUAAUGUGCGCCGGGUGUUCCAGCGAGCACGCGAUGCCCGUCCAUGUGUUGUCUUCUUCGAUGAGUUGGAUUCAGUGGCACCGAAACGUGGCAACCAAGGCGAUAGCGGCGGUGUCAUGGAUCGCAUUGUCAGUCAGCUUCUCGCCGAACUUGAUGGAAUGAGCGACGGUGCUGAAGGCGCAGGCGGCGUUUUCGUUAUCGGAGCAACGAACCGGCCAGAUCUGCUGGAUCAGGCCCUAUUGCGUCCCGGGCGUUUUGACAAGAUGCUAUAUCUGGGCGUGUCGGAUACGCAUGAGAAGCAGUUGACCAUCCUAGAGGCGCUGUCGAGGAAAUUCACCUUGCAUCCCGAAUUGUCGCUCCAGCGAGUCGCAUCGACUCUGCCGUUUACUUACACAGGAGCCGACAUGUAUGCCCUGUGCUCAGAUGCAAUGCUUAAAGCAAUCACGCGGCAAGCACGGGCGGUCGAUGAGAAGGUCAAAGCUUACAACGCGACUCAUACUCCGAUCUCCAUUGCACAAUUCUUCGAUCAUUUCGCGACCGAAGAGGAUACAGCCGUCAUGGUUACUGAACGAGAUUUUGUUGAAGCUAAUAGGGAGCUGGUACCUAGCGUUAGUGCGGAUGAGUUGCACCACUACGAAAGGGUCAGGAAAGCAUUUGAGGGCACUGGGAAAAAGGAGGAGCCAAAAGCAAAAGUGCUAUUUUCGGACUCGAUCCAAAGUGCGCCGCAAUUCAAUUCAGGAAAAGGCAAAGGGAAAGGGAAAGGAAAGGCUGCGGCGCCACAGAUGGAUGAAAAUGUUGAUGCCAGGCAGAGCGAUGGGGACGAUGACUAUGUGAUUAGAACUGAACACCUGGAUCUGAACGGUGUGGCGGCUAAUGGCGGCAAAGGCAAGGGCAAGGGCAAAGCGCCAGUAAGUCAUGACAAGGGUAAAAGUAGUGUCGAUAUUGCCGAGGGUGGGUUCGGCAAUGCGGCGCAGGACGAGGACCUGUAUGGGUGAGCUUUAUUGGAAGGAUGAGGCUGUAGAUGCUCAUCUGGUAUGUAAUUGUAACGGUGACUUUGGGACGCGCGUGUGCCUGAACAAAGGCUUGGAAUCGUUGCAGAAGCGUUUU